CUUGUGUACAAAAUUUCAAUCCAGUGCAAGCCUCAUCCCUCUCUUCAGGGACAUUGGACAACGUACCCCUCCCUGCAGGAACUGGGAAUCGCUACAAAAGGAAGAAAUAGUAGGGAAUGCAGAUAGGUGUUUCGUAGUCACUCCGACACGGAUGCUUGCGCCCUGCACAGCUAGCAGCUGAUUUAUUAACAACCUGCAUAAUCUGGCUUAAUUGGGGGUUCUAGUCAGUGGAGUUCACUGGGGUUUUGUUUUUUCUUCCUUAUUGUAUUCACACCAGCGCAGUGACUGGUACAUAUUGGCUGGAGAUUGAAGAGUUUAAAUCGCCUCGAUGCUUUACUUGGUUGCAGGCGAUUCUAUGACAAUGUUAAGAGGCUUGGUACAGGAUCCAAAUGUUCGUGUAGAUCAACCUGGGAUUAUGAGAAAAUGAUUGCAGUGGUGAAUGCAUAUAAGAAGACGUAAUCACAGUAUGCUACGGCGGGAUAGCUAAAGGUGGUGGAAGGAUUUCGAUACAAAGGUUAAUUGCAUACUCUGUUCUUUUGGCGUCGUGGUCCUAAAGACUGCAGGGAGAUACCACGGUUGAGAGAAAUUGCGCGGGUUAGGAAAUUGGAGGGCGCAGAAAUGGUGGAGAAAGCACCAGAUCCGCAGCCUCUCAGUGCGAAGAGAGCAAGAGUUUUGUUGGCGCCUCGGAUGGCACCCACCUCCGUUUCUAAGAAGCCUUCGCAAGGGAAGCAAAUUCACAACACCACCUCAACAUCGACGUCACCCCCGGGCAGUGGCAAGGUGUACAAGGGCGUACGCAUGAGGGCGUGGGGCAAAUGGGUCUCGGAGAUUCGAGAGCCAAACAAGAGGUCUCGCAUUUGGCUAGGAUCUUUUCCCACCGCUGAGAUGGCUGCCAAGGCGUACGACGCCGCUGUCGUGUGCUUGCGAGGCCCAUCAGCCCCUCUCAACUUCCCUGACACACCUCCGUCUGACCUCCCUCUCUGCUCCACGCCCCGGGACGUGCAAGCAGCCGCAGCCGCCGCCGCGGCAGCCUGCCCACCACUACUAAAUCAACUACAUGCCGGAGCUACUCGAACUACAUCACCGUCACCGCAGGAAAACAUCAUCGAUAGCAAUUCCCUGCAUCCACAUCAAUUCUACUCCUCCUCUUCCCCGCCCGACACUGCAUCGCAACAAAGCUCUGCACACUUCACCUUCCCAGUGCUAGAAUCGAAAAGCAUAGCGACAGAUAUGGAAGACUGGAUCAACGCCGAACUAGGGUACUUCGAGCCACUGGAUGCCGACGCUUUAGCAUACCUCUCUGAACUGAUGCUGCCAUCGGAUGUUGUUACCCCUGUCAUGGACUCCAUUGCGUUCCAUGACGACCCUCCUUCCGAAUCACAUCCGCCGGGCAGCGACACUUCCGACGACCACAACGAUCAGUUCCACCACAAUCUCUGGAGCUUCACCUGAUCCUGCUUGUCUUCAAAUUGUAGGUGCAAUUUUGCUUCAGCACUUGCCGAAUUCAGCUCAACAAACUCAUAUAGUAGAAGGGAUGAACUCAGAAAUCCCCAAGUAGUUAUAUCAUUCAACAAUUCUUUCGUUGAAUAUGCGCCGAGCUCUUCGUAGACUUGUUGAAGGACUCCGCCGUGAAUUCCCCUCAGCCGAUGUUGUCCCCCUUGGUUCACCGACACAUGAGAAACACAACACAAUUUUCGCCGCCGAGCACAUUGCUCCGUUUCUAGUGUAGGAUGGGUAGAGUAUUUUUAUUUAUUUAUUUAGUUAGUUAUUUUUCAUUCUUUGUAAAACCAUCGAUCCAUGUUUUUCUGAUUCACAGACAGCAGUAAGAAAUUAUUCUUUUGACCGAAUUGGUCAGCGCCUAUC